UUAAGGUUGUGUUUUGAUACGACGGAAGAGGCGAAUUUCUAGAAGCAUUUUAAAGGUUUCAUUUGCAUUUAAAACAAAUUCAUGUAUUAUAAAAUGUAGGAUACGUCUCCUCGUAUCCAUCUACUUAAUCUGGGAUUACAAUAAAGGGUGUGAGAUAAUUAAACAUUGAAAAUGGCAAGUGCUUCAUUAUUACCCAAAACUUUCACUGCUAUUGGUGGCAAAGCCCUACCUAACAACUCACAACAAAACAUUCAGUCAAAAUUUAAAGAGAUGACGGUUGCGCCAGGAAAUACUCCUCAAGAUGUAAAAGAAGGCAUCAAUAACCAAUCAAAUCCAAACCAUUUGGCUUCUCUACAAAAGGCCAUUGAAACUAUGGAAGAGAAGGGCUUGCAAUCUGAUCCUAGAUAUGCACAGUUACUUGCAUUAAGAGCUAGCAUUCCUGGGACAGAAGAAAAUGGUUCUCCCUUCUCAAACAACCAAAUCAAACAACUAAGAAACCAAAUAAUGGCUUACAGGUGUUUGGCAAGAAAUCAACCUGUUCCAAACAAUUUAGUCUUAGGUUUGCAUGGAAAAACUCCUGAGAAGGGUCCACAUAUUGUACCUUCACCACAAUCUCAAGAAGUAGCUAAUGGGUGCGAUCCAGGACCUUCCACAAGUUCUGCUGCCGCUAUAGCUCCUAGAACACCACAAAAACCGGUAAAACCAAUUGAGGCUCAACUUGUCAACAGAGAACCAAGAGUUACUACACUAUCUAAACCAUCUUCUAUAGACCCUGUUGUUCUACUACAAGAACGCGAAAACAGGGUAGCAGCUCGUAUAGCAGCAAGGAUCGAACAAGUUAGCAAUCUGCCUACUGAUAUGUCUGAGACACUACGCAUUCGAGCACAAAUAGAACUCAGAGCUUUGAGAUGUCUAAAUCUCCAGAGACAACUUCGUAGUGAGGUUUUGAGCUGCAUUCGAAGAGACACAACGCUAGAAACGGCAGUAAAUGUAAAAGCAUUUAAGCGAACCAAACGUCAAGGUCUUCGAGAAGCGAGGGCAACGGAAAAACUUGAAAAACAACAAAAACUGGAAGCAGAGAGAAAGAAACGCCAGAAGAACCAAGAAUUCUUGAACAAUGUGUUGUCACACGCUAAAGAAUUCAAAGAAUUCCACAGACAGAACCAAGCAAAACUUUCUAAACUUAAUAAAGCUAUUCUGACGUAUCACGCUAAUGCCGAGAGAGAGCAAAAGAAGGAACAGGAGAGAAGAGAAAAGGAACGUAUGAAGAAAUUGAUGGCGGAAGACGAAGAAGGUUAUAGACAGUUGAUCGAUCAAAAGAAAGACAAACGUCUAGCGUUCUUGCUUUCCCAAACAGAUGAAUAUAUCAGUAAUUUAACGGAGAUGGUGAAAAUGCACAAAGUUGAACAAAGUAACAAGAAGCGAGAAGAAGAACGACGGAAGAGAAGGCAAGACAAGAUGCAGCAGCCCGACAGGAAAGUUACAGUUAUCGAAAUGGCUACUGGGAAUAAGGUUAGCGGAGAAAACGCUCCGACUGUCCAGGAACUUCCUGAAUGGUUACAGACUCAUCCUGGUUGGGAGAUGAUAGAUACAGAAGACGAGGACGAAAACGACGAAUAUAGAAUGGACGACUAUGAAGAAAGUAAUCAAAUCGACGCUACAGAAAUCAUUCAGAAAGCUAAGGUUGAGGAUGACGAAUAUCACAAGAAUGCCACAGAGGAACAGACCUACUAUGGUAUUGCACAUACAGUAAGCGAGUCAGUAACGGAACAAGCCUCCAUUAUGGUUAACGGUGAAUUGAAAGAGUACCAAGUCAAAGGGUUGGAAUGGAUGGUAUCAUUGUAUAACAACAAUCUUAACGGUAUCCUAGCAGAUGAGAUGGGUCUGGGUAAGACUAUUCAAACCAUUGGCUUGAUCACCUACUUGAUGGAGAAAAAGAAGUUGAAUGGACCAUUUUUGAUCAUUGUACCAUUAUCCACUAUUUCUAAUUGGAUGUUGGAGUUCGAAAAAUGGGCUCCUUCUGUUGUGGUAGUUUCCUAUAAGGGCUCACCUGGUCACAGGAAAUUGAUUCAGGGUCAGAUGAAGUCAGCAAAAUUCAAUGUUCUUCUUACUACUUAUGAAUAUAUCAUUAAAGAUAAGGGAAUUCUUUCAAAAGUACCGUUUAAGUAUAUGAUCGUCGACGAAGGUCACAGAAUGAAGAACCACCAUUGUAAGUUGACCCAAACGUUGAACACUCACUAUGCAGCUCCUUUCCGCCUUCUGUUAACCGGUACUCCUCUACAAAACAAACUACCGGAACUGUGGGCAUUGCUUAACUUCUUACUUCCGUCGAUUUUCAAGAGUUGCUCCACUUUCGAGCAGUGGUUCAACGCCCCUUUCGCAACCACGGGAGAAAAGGUCGAGCUUAACGAAGAAGAAACCAUCCUUAUCAUCCGACGUCUUCACAAAGUCCUUCGACCUUUCCUCUUAAGACGUCUCAAAAAGGAAGUAGAGUCUCAGCUUCCCGACAAAGUUGAAUACAUUAUCAAAUGCGAGAUGUCCGGUUUGCAAAAAGUAUUGUACCAACACAUGCAGAGCAAAGGAGUUCUGCUUACCGACGGGUCCGAAAAGGGUAAUAGGGGUCGAGGUGGAGUCAAAGCUAUCAUGAAUACCAUCAUGCAGCUGCGGAAGCUGUGUAAUCAUCCUUUCAUGUUCCAGAUGAUCGAAGAGAAGUAUUGUGAUUAUAUGGGCAUGGCUGGGGGACUCACAUCAGGGCCGGAUAUAUACAGAUCAUCCGGUAAAUUUGAACUUCUGGAUCGAGUAUUGCCAAAACUGAAGGCGACUGACCACAGAGUCCUACUGUUCUGUCAAAUGACGACGUUGAUGAACAUCAUGGAAGACUACUUCAUUUGGAGAGGUUACAAAUAUCUUCGUCUGGAUGGUAUGGUAAAAUCAGAGGAUCGGGCAGAACUACUCAAGAAGUUCAACGAUAAACAAAGCGAAUAUUUUGUGUUUUUAUUGUCUACAAGAGCCGGAGGUCUUGGACUAAACUUGCAAACUGCUGAUACUGUUAUCAUCUUUGAUUCUGACUGGAAUCCUCACCAGGAUUUGCAAGCUCAAGAUCGUGCCCAUCGUAUAGGUCAGCAAAAUGAAGUCAGGGUCCUACGUCUAAUGACAGUGAAUUCAGUGGAAGAAAGGAUCUUAGCUGCAGCUAAAUACAAACUUAUAAUGGACGAGAAAGUAAUCCAAGCUGGUAUGUUCGAUCAGAAGUCGACAGGCUCAGAGAGACAUCAGUUUUUGCAGAGUAUUUUACACCAUGACGGUAGCGACGAAGAAGAGGAAAACGAAGUUCCCGAUGACGAAACAGUGAACCAGAUGUUGGCCCGGAGAGAAAACGAGUUUCAACUUUUCCAGAAAAUGGAUCAGGAAAGAAAGGAAGCGGACGAAAAGACUGGAAAGUCGCGACUUAUUCAAGAAAGCGAAUUGCCCGAAUGGCUUUUGAAGCAGGACGAUGAAAUCUACUCUUGGGGCCUUGAAGACCCAGAUGCUGUUUUGGGAAGGGGUAGCAGGCAAAGAAAAGAAGUUGAUUAUGUUGAUAGCUUGACGGAGAAAGAGUGGCUUAAGGCUAUUGACGAAGAGGGCGGCGAAAUAGAGGAAGAACAAGAAGGCGAUAAAGAAGUUGUCAAAAAGAAAAGAGGUAGGAAGAGGAAGAAGCGCGAUGAUGACGAAGAGGCAAGCCAAAUUAAACGAAGAAAGGUGCAUCUACUCGAGAUCAAGUUGAAGAAAAAGAUGAAGAGGCUUAUGGAAGUCGUUGUUAACUACAAGGACAGGGAUGGUAGAGUAUUGAGCGAACCAUUUAUGAAACUUCCAUCAAAGAAGGAGUUACCUGGAUAUUACGAUACGAUUAAGAAACCUAUUGAUAUUGAAAAGAUCGUUGCCAACGUAGAAGAAGGAAAAUAUUUCACGAUGCACGAUUUGGAAAGAGAUUUCGUCUUGCUGUGCCAAAAUGCCCAACAAUACAACGAAGAAGAUUCCAUGAUCUACGAAGACAGCCUCGUUCUUCGCCAGGUGUUUAGAAGCGCGAGGGAAAAGAUCGACGGCACGUCAGACCACGAUGACAACCCCGAUGGGGGAGAGCCGAAAGAGAAGAUUAAACGACCUCGUGGCAGGCCUCGAAAGCACAAGAGGCCUGAAGAGAUCGAGGCAGAAGCGGCGGCUCAGAAGGCUAUGGAAGAGGCGUCGAAGCUGAGAGCUCAAGCCGAGGCAGAGGAGCUUAGGGCUAAGGUGGAGGAGGCAUCUCAGAAAGCCAAAGAGGAAGCGAAAGCAAGGGAGGAAGCCAAAGCCAGGGAAGAGGCCGAAAUCGAGGCCAUGGAGGAGAUUCCCACAAGCACAUGAUCUAUAGAGCAACCAGAAACAAAAAGGCAAAAAAGAAAUAUUAUAUAGAAAAGAUGUACAUGUUCGAUGGAGAUACAUUUUCACUGAGUUACAACUGGUAAUAUUUUUUUAACAGAUAUUUUUGACAUAAGAAUGUUGACGUUCAGAUGAAGUAUAUUUAUAGAAUAAUCCGGACCUUUAAUUUUUGCUUGUUUUGUUUGCUGUAUUGUUCAAUUUAUUCAAAAUUCAAUAAUACCAGCUUACCUAAAUGAUUUAGAAAAGAUACUCAAUGAUUUAGAUAAGUUUUAAGAUUAUGUUUAUUGGUUUUAAUAUUACUACCUUUAUUAUAGCAUAUUGUAAUUAUUUUACCCUGUAACUGUUUCAAGGAGAGUCCUUGUGUGGUAAAUAAAUCGCAAGAUAGAAGUUUAAAUUUAUUAAACAUCUUCAAAUUUACAAAAUGAUCAAAUUAAUGUUUACAAUUUACUUUUUCACCACUCAAAUUCACUGUCACUACUGUCAGUCAUCGGGAUGUCAUUUUAUAUAGUUCCAUGUCUGUAUUGUUUCUAGAAUAAUUCUAAAUCAUAGUAUUAUCUCAAGUUGUAGUACCAUUCGUUUUCAGUGUACAUAUCAAAUAUCUUUUUGUUGACCGUUUCUAAACGCUUAUCCAAAAUUUUUAAAAUUUGUACGGUCGCAGCGUAUAUUUGUACCUUACGCAUGCAUAAGCCAUAGCCAUUUUGAUAAUCCACUACCUCUAGUUGCUAUACCGUGCGGAAAACAAGCAGUUUAAUAUACGUGGACGAAACUGAGAAACACGUGUAUGUCCAUUUCCGUUUACUUAAAUAAUUCCGUAUUCCCUCUCAUCGUACUACUCAUCCAUCAGACAACUCGAUUCAUUUCCGAAUUUCAAUUCAAAGUCUUAUAUCCACUUUUGGAUGUUAUACUACAGUGUUUAAGAAACAUAUGAUUAGUCUUGAAAGAAAGAAGUUUUCUUGUUAGCUUGCUGAUCUAUUACUUGAUGAGUAAUAUAUACAAGACGUGUUUAGCGUUCGUCCCUCAACUAUUUUCUGAACCAUUUCUCUCAGUUGGGGCACCUGUAUAUUGUUUUUAUGAUGUAAAAUUAUUUUGAAGGGGAUAAUAUAGCAAAUAAUACUUCAUUUGAAAGCUGUUGCAUCACUCAAUAUGUAAAAUGUAAAGGUAAAAAUGAUCAAUUGCUAAAAGGACCUCUCACAAACCUUACGAAAAAGUGCUCUCGGUUAAAUCUGCCCAAAAUUUGCCUUGUUGUAGUAUUCGAUGUGUCGACAAAAGUCUCAAUGGACACAGGACUGAAAAACCAAAAUUUGAGGGCGCUGAAGAUCGUCAAAGUUGUUACUGCGUUACGUAGGUAAUAGCACCAAAACCAAGAUCACCCUUACGAAUUUAAUUUGACUUUGAGGAUAUAAUCAGCGGAGAUAUCUACUCUGUCCUUAAUCCUUUCAACCACGCUACAAGAAAUAACUAAUAAAAAUCUGAAAGUUUUCAGCCUUUUUCUAUUAUUUUUUUUGAAGAUUUUUAAUACAUAGAAUUUGCAAAAACUCUGGAUUGCAAAAUUAUUAUGCAAAAACUAUUAAACUGGUCCUAACAAAAUUUAGCGUAUGUUUCUGUCUUUCAUCCACCUCCAGAACCAUGGAUUUUCCAAGAGAAACAAUCUCAUCUACCACUGACACUUCGGGUGCCAGUCCUUCGAAAAUGAGGGAAACAAGCAAAGCAGACAGACUGAGGUUUAUAGUAAAAAUUUACAAACUGUAAAUUACACCGACAUCGAGAGUGUAAUAUGGUUAGUAUUAGAAUCCGAAUUUUGGUCGGAUUAAACUUCCAAUGACCAUUUAAUUUGUCGGUCCAAGUAAUAGUCACGUACAGACCCUUAAAAUAAUCUUUAUGGCGAGGCCGUAAAGAUCUAUUACCAGUAAAUCUACCUUUUAUUUACAAAGCAAAUUAAAACUAGUCAAAUAAGAGGUAUGAAUUUGAAUAAAAACCGAUUCCUCGUAUCUCAAAUCUUGCUCUCAUCUCAAAGCAAAAAAUCGUACGCUCCGUGGCUCGUAUCUCAAAAUACUUGUAUAUUAGGGCGCUUGUAUAUCAAGGUACCAUUGUAUUAUGUAACAUUGAAAAACGAAACUUUUAGCUUCUAUAAUUUUUUUUUUGUAAGAAGCAAUACCUCUCGAGUAAUACGAAAAUAUGGGUGCAAAAAGAAAAUUAAUCACAUGGUUUACGACUGGCCCAUAUCGCAAUUAUUGAUACAAGGUACAGCUGCGGUCACUAAAUAGUUUACACCUUAAUUUUUACAUUGUAAUACUGUAAAAAUGCAGUGUCGUCCAGAAUUUGCUAAAUGUCAGGCUUGUCAAAAAUUUUGCGCGCAUUGAAAGUAAAAUAAAAAGGCAUUUGAAUCACGCGCAACAAACAAGUUCAAUUACCUAAGUCGAAGAACAGUAAAAAGUUCUUUCUUUAAUUUCCAUUUGGUUAUAUUUUGUACAGUAGAUUUAUUUUAAUUGAUUUUUAAUUUUAAUCAACCUAUUUUGUCCGGGUCCGCCAUUGGUAAUGUGACUGACGUAAAGUGUGCGUUUAAGCGGGGUAAAAAUUCAAAAAAUCAGCUACUAGAUAUGUGAGGGCGUAAACUAUUCAAUGAUAGCAGUUAUCCAUCCUGAAGUGAUUCCAGCAAAAAAUAGACUCCUAUGGAAAAUGACAUUUGAAUGCAAAUUUAAUCUAGCUAUAAAUAGAUGUAUGACAAAGUUUUUAACACUAAAGUAUCUUUGAACAUAUGACUUAAUAAUAAUAUUCUUACGUUUUCAUUAUUUCAUAUUUCGAUGACGUAGCUGUCAGUUUAAAUUUAAUAUUUUCCAUUUUCCGAUUCAAAAUAUAAAUCUUUAUCUGGAAAUAUUGACGAAGCAUUUAGAAUUUGAACUCAGGCAACUUUAGCUAAAUAAUUAUAACCGAUCCUCGAAUACCUGUAACAUCAAAAUGUAUCCCCGUUGAUCAUGUUUAUAAUAAAGAGUAGUAUUUCGUAUAAGAGUAGUAUGUUGUAUACAUUUUUUUAUAACAGUAUUGCUGUGUAAUGACAUUUAGAAUCUAUCUGUAGUUAUAGGUUGUGGACUGAACCAUUUCGUUUUCGUAAGCUGUAUGUUUUAUACGACUAUUUAUUGUCCUUUAUAGAUAUACAUAAUAGAUUCCAAAACAAGAA